GAAGGAUGUCGAGGGCGAUGUGGAAGAACGCGAUGAAGCAGAACGAGGCGGCCCCUGACCAGCAUGAUCCCCAGGAUCCUAAGUAUGCAAACGAGCCGUGGCCUUUCUGGGCGGGCCGCUGUUCUGCACAGAGGACCCUGAAAUUCCUCUUCCACGAGAUUCGACGCCUCGAAGCGUAACACGUCCUGAAGAUCACGAAGCCUUCGAGCCCACCGUUUUGCUGCAUCUCUCGAGCCCUUCUGAUCCGAGAGGGCCCCGGGGCCCGAGACAGCGAACACGCCCGGCGCCAACGCAUUGCAACGCCCGGACCUCGGGGCUCCCCGCCCCCCUCUCCACUCCCCGUCCCCGUGAGAUCGACGGCGGCGGAGUGCACGCCGGGGCCGGGCAGCAUAAUUCGCUCGGGGUCCAACCCCACGGAACAGCGGCCUGCUGGGAAAGGUCGCAGCUUUCGCCCAGAGGCGAUCGGGAGCCCCAUGGCCCAAUUCGUCGGCGAGUUCAACCACGGCCAGGCCGGAGGACAUCCUGUCGCAGCCGGAGGCUUCCGCCACGGCCAGGUCGGGGGGCAUCCCGGCACGUGCGUCCAGGUUGUGGGCUUUCACCACGGCCAGGCUGGAGGUUUUGGCUACGGCCAGGCUGGAGGUUUUGGCCACGGCCAGGCUGGAGGGACCCACGCCUACGGCACACCCUGGCCGCAGGCCGGCCACGACAGUGUCCAUCUUCAGUUCCAGCCGCAGCUCGGCGGGCAGUUCGUGGGGCAUCCUGGCCCCAGCCCGCCCUGGCCACAGCAGGGCCACGCCUGCGCUCCGACCGGCAUGGGGGAGCCCCCGCUCGGCGGCUACCUGGCUUCGGCCAAAGAGUAGUUUGCCCCGCGGGGCCGCUCGGACAAGGCAGCGAGCACCGCACCACGCCAGCUCCGGAGUGCACGGCCCUCUGGGAAGGCGCCCCAAACAAGUGCCCCUUCUACAGCGGGGCCUCCAGAGUUUCACUGCGCGGCAGGCUUUCGCACUUCCCGGAGGGGCUCCACAGCGAUUCCUUCCUUGCCAAGCGGCGUGCAGGCUGUGAUAUGGAUGAUCGUUAUCGCUGUGAGCGCGGCUCGAACAUCUGCGUAGCCAAGACCAAGGGCC